AUGACCCCGGAAACACAUUCCAAUACCGAGGACCCGAAGCGACGGCGGGCAAAGCAGGCGAGAUCGCGUUCCGGGUGUGUCGUCUGCCGCGCUCGAAAGGUCAAAUGCGAUGAACAACCGGGAGGAUGUCAGAAUUGUCAUUCCCUCACCGUCGCGUGUCCCGGAUAUGGGUCCACAGGGCAAGCAGCCACUCCACUGGAACGACGUAAUGCAAGGGCCCCUGAUGGUAGUUCAGGGGGUUUGACGCGAAGGAGGGCCUAUGUCUCUUGCGAAGCUUGCAGAGCGAGCAAGACUCGCUGUUCUGGUCAUCAUCCGCAAUGUAUUCGUUGUGGCAAGAAGGAGCAUAAUAGAGCCUUGCUCUACAUACUUUGUGCUCUGGGGGCAAAAUUCUACUGCAUUAAGACCGCGCAGAUUCAUACAACUUUGACGCCCGAACGUGUUCUCGCUGCGGGAAACGCCUGGGCCGAAGAAGCAAGAAAGAUAAUACUCGAUGAGUUGGAUAAGGUAUCCAUCGCCAAACUACAAGCAGCAGUCCUUCUUCAUGACCAUGACAUACGGAUCGGCAAAUACACCAGUGCCUUCCUUCUGAGCGCACACUGCGUCCGCAUGACCCAAGCAAUGCAACUCGACCUCGAAUAUUCCGCCGAUAUUCUUUGUGCCGAUACCGAUACCAAGCUUCCAGCCGGAACCCGCGAAGCAAGAAGACGUCUGAUGUGGAGCAUUUAUAUCAUGGACAGCUGGGUCAGCAGCGGCGUGGAUCGUCUUACACUCCUCAAAGACUGGGAUAUGAGGAUUCAACUACCCUGCCAUAGUAGGAACUGGAACUUGCAGAUCCCAGUAAUCACGGAAACGUUGAGGCAGGGACAUGUUUUACCGUUUGUCCCCAAUCAUUUGCGCCCAUCUAAACCGGAGGACAAUAUGGGCUCUAUUGCUCAUUUUAUCCGGGUCGUAGCGAUCCGUAGGCGAGUCUUGAGAUAUUUGAAGCGGCUAGAUGUUGCUCAGCCGCCGUGGGUAUUAGAAUCUGAGUGGGCCGGCCUCUUAAACACCCUACAGCAGUGGAAGAGCAACCUGCCUCCAGAUUUAGACUUCUCGCCCAUAGCAAUAUGUACCCGGAAGGAGGCUUCACAGCUUGGUGAGCUCUGCCUCCUCCACUGCACGUACCACCAAACACUAGUCAACUUGUAUCGAAUCGGAUGGCCCGACUUGUACAGAUUUCGCUCGCCGGUUUACUUCCCACCCGAACAGCAAGAAUUUCUGCACCAUAUUCAAGAGCGCUGCUUUGCGCACACAAAAGAAGUUAUUAGUAUCCUUCAGGAAACUUCCAAGCAUGGGCUCUGGAUGCUCUCGGAUUCUUGGAUUGUCGUACUGUUGCACGAAAAUCUUAGAGGGAUGCUGCACCAUGCCAAGCUGGUGGCCCGGCGCGGGGAGGAUGCUGCACCGGUGUGGAGUCAAGUCGUUCCAAAUGCACAAUUUUGUGUGGAGACGCUCAGGUCAAUGAGGGCUAUGUUUGCAACAGCCAAGCCA